CGUACUGUACGAUAGUACCGUACAGUAAUGUUCCCCGCAAUGAUAGGUGCCAAUCCUACCAUACGGUACGUACGAUACGUACCUACCCCCCUUUCUUUUUCAUGACCGUUUCUUCCAUUUUCGAAUUGCUUCGAGUCAAGACGUUCUUGUGCUGGUACGUACGAGUCAGUACGAGAAGGGACUCGAUCCUACGAUACAAAUAUCGAAAUCAAUCAUCACGAACAGACCACAAACAAAACACACACCUCAAGGCAACAUAACGCAACGAUGAACUCCCUCGCAGCCGCAAACGGCGGCGGCGCCACCGAAACCAGCGCGUCCACGAAGAAGAUCAUCGACCUUUCCGACAAGCUGGAGAAGACGGCCUGCUACGCGCGAAACGAACACAGCCGGUUUCCCUGGACGAAUCUCCUCAUCGGCGACACCCGACUCGGCUGCAAGUCCGAUGCCGACGAGCAGCUCAUUCUCCACUUUGAAUUCAGCGAGUUCGUUCGGGUCCACUCGAUAAAACUCACCGAAUUCAACAACGGGGUGGAACCGGAAGAAAACCCGACGCGUGAGUAUAUAAUGGACACGGACGCUACGGAGAUGGAUGUGACGCGUCGGUAUUGUUCUUCGAACGACUAUCGGUGACAGCAACGAUAACGUGCUGGUAGCUAGCAGCAGACCAACUUAGGAACGAAACUCCCUAAACUUUAUUGCACGAUGAAAUUCGACAUUGCUUUUCGGCAUUGUGUACUAAACUCGGUGGAAUUGGAUGGAACGAAAUGGGAUGAUAAUCUACUAGUUCCGAUGUUUUCAUGCCGACCUGAUUCAUUCGUGACGGCAUUGAUAUUCGUUCCUCUAUUACACUCACUCAACAGGACUGAAAUUUCCUUCUUCUCUUCUUUUCUCCACCAUUUUUAAUGAAUGGAAACGUGAAUUGAAAUGUUUUUAUUUCAAUGGAUUUGCUACGGUAAUAUUUUCUUCGGUUUAAAAAAAACGCAAACCACGAUCAUAUCCACAGGUGUCUUGCUCUUUGUCAAUCGCAACAACCUGGGAUUCGAAGACAUCGACGACGUCGAUCCGACCACAACGCUCGAAUUGACGGCCGAAGACCUGAAAGAAAACGCCGACAAUCUGCUCCUCAAAUUCGUUCAAUACCAGCGGGUCAAGAGCAUAACCCUCUUUAUCGAAGACAACAACGGGGGCGAGGUGAGCGCCCUGGGCGGACUCAAGUUCUAUGGCCUUCCAGUCGCCACCACGAACAUGGCCGAUUUCAAAAAGCAGGGAUGAGGUCGUUAGAACCUUUGUCCACCAACCGCAACAACAACAACAACUUUGAGGACAUGCUCGAUACCCAAAUUCGCAUUGCAUUUA